AUGAAGCGGCUUAAAAUUGGUAUUAGACCCCAAUUAAUUAUAUUGGUGUGUUUUUCAUCGUUGUUUUCCCUUUUAAUAUUGGGAAUAGUGACAGGAGUAUAUUUCAGCUCGAACUUGAGUGAUUUGCGGGCAGAAAGAUUAGAAGUCAUAUCACAGUUGAAGACCACCCAAGUUAAACAAGCAGUCGAGUAUGUUUUUUAUCAAAUAUAUUGGUUAACAACUAAAGAAUCCAUAUAUGCACCACUUUCAUCUUACAGGGCAGGAAAUAAUACCAAAUCAGUAUUCACAGGAUCUACCACUGCGCUAGAUCAGUUCCUAGCAUCAUCAGAAUUGUUUUCGGCAGCUAGACUAUAUAAUUUAGAUCUUGACAUAAUGGCCGAGAGUUAUAAUAAUGUUUCUAUGGUCUCGAAUUCAACCAUGGGUGAUUUGUUUCCGUUGGAUGUAGCAAGUGCAACACGUCAAUUUUCGACUUCAGGUGUUGAUGAAACGAGGUAUAUAACUGGACCACAAAGUAAUUCAUCAGAUCCUUCUAGUUCAUAUUUCAUGGGGAUAACUUUGCCCGUGUAUGCCAAUACUUCGAUUCUAUUGACAGAUCCUUUAAUUGCAGGUUAUUUGACUGUUGUAGCCAGCGCAAAAAAUAUACAACUUGCAAUAAGUGAUACAAACACGAAUGAUGGUACAGAUGACUAUACAGUGGCAUUAAUAAGACCAACAUUUAAGGCAAAUACAUCUAGCGCAUCAGUGCCAACUGAGUUUGAAACAAUUUUCCCGGUAAGUAAGGAUGGUUUAUUACCGAACCAUAAUUACACCAUUGACUCGGCUCCACUGGUAGAAGAAGCAUUACUGAAAACUGCUGGUUCUUCCACCAAUGUUAAAUCUUAUAAUGGUGAUUCUGUCGCUAUUGGAUACACCCAAAUACAGUUAGAUCCCCAAUUAUAUUGGACAGUCAUAGUGGAACAACCACGAUCACAAUUCUUAACUCCUGUUGUAAAAUUAAGAAACAUUAUUAUUGGAGUUGUAAUUGGUACAGGAGUUUUUAUGUGUCUCAUUACAUUUCCGUUAGCGGUAUGGUUUGUGAGACCCAUUACAAAAUUGAAAGAAGCCACAGAAUCUAUCACCAGGUCCAAAAAAAAGAAAAAUGCUAAUGAAAAAGGAUUGCCGGAUAGUUCGCCUGUUCCACCUUCAAUGCAUCCUAAUAGUGGCGCGUCAAGUAAAAGAAAUAGUGUUAUUUCUGAUGUUACAAACACCUCAUCAGUUUACUCAACUGCUAUUAGAUUACCCACAAAGAUAUCAAGCUCUAAGAAAUUUUUCAAAGAUGAAUUAACAGAAUUAUCUGAAGCAUUUAAUAUUAUGACAGAAGAAUUAGAUAAACAAUAUACCCAUUUAGAAGAUAGAGUUAAAAUCAGAACGAAGGAAUUAGAAGCUCUGAAGAUAGAAGCAGAAUCUGCAAAUGAAGCAAAAACAGUUUUUAUAGCUAAUAUCUCACACGAAUUAAGAACGCCAUUAAAUGGUAUCUUAGGAAUGACAGCUAUUGCGAUGGACGAGAAUGAUCACACAAGAAUCCAAGAAUCCUUGAGAUUGAUUUACCGUUCUGGUGAACUAUUAUUGCAUAUUUUGACAGAAUUAUUGACGUAUUCCAAAAAUACUUUAAACAGAUCGAAAUUAGAGAAAUCCAAUUUUCAAAUUCUAGAGGUUGUGUAUCAAGUGCAGUCUAUUUUCAGUAAAUUAGCGAUGGAUCAAAGAGUGCACCUCAACAUUUUAUUAAAGCCUGACAUAAUUAGAAAAUUAGUUCUAUAUGGUGAUUCAAAUAGGAUUAUUCAGAUCGUAAUGAAUCUAGUAUCCAAUAGUUUGAAGUUUACACCAGUUGAUGGUUCGGUUGAUGUUUCUUUCAAACUUUUGGGUGAAUACGAUCAAGUUAAUUCAGAAAAACAACAACAUAAGAAAGUUCAUGUUUUGAGACACACUAGAAAAUUUGCAGACGAUGGUCCGAUAUUAUCUAAAAAGGUUGAUUCCAAUUAUGACAAUGGAAAUCCCGAUACAUCUGACGAAUACAAAGAAAAACACUCCAGCGACAAAUCUUCUACCUUUUCGGGCAAGGACAAGACUUUUGAUACAAACAAUGACAGUUCAAGUAUAUUGACAUUGUCAACUGCCGAAUAUGAAAACACAAUUUUCAAUGCACAAUUCAAACAAAAUAUGAUACCCAGUCAACGAAGAUUGUCAAGUGUCUCGACCAAAUCUAAUCUUCAAGGCAGAACAUCGGCAGACCAAUCGAUUCAUGACAUCAGUGGUAGUCAUAUGGAAAAUAUGAAUGAAACCCUGAUCUCUAAUGCAUUUAAUGAGACCUCCAGUAUAGGUUCGUCAAAAGUGGAUGGCCACACAAGAAGCUAUACAACGGCUAUUUCACGUAACAUAACAAGUGGACUGUCUCAUCAAGGUACAGGAAGCAUUAGCUCUAGCUUUUCAACUAAUGAAGUCAUCAAGGAAGAUAAGGUUUAUAAAAUCAAAAAACUAUAUGAGCCUAAAACUUGGGCCAUUCAAAUUGAGGUAACCGAUACGGGUCCAGGUAUCGAACCUGCUAUGCAAGAAAAAGUAUUUGAUCCAUUUAUCCAAGGAGACCAAACAUUGUCAAGGAGCUAUGGUGGUACUGGAUUGGGUUUAUCUAUUUGUAGGCAAUUAGCAGAAAUGAUGAAUGGGACUUUAACCUUGAAAUCAACAAUUGGCUCAGGAUCGACAUUUACAUUUAUUGUUCCAUUGCCUCAAAGUGGAGAAAUAAUGGUCGACGAAGAAGAUAUGUUCCAGUUUUGUGAAGACGAAUUUAAUCCUAAAUCUAAAGUUAAUAGAAAGGUUGCAUUUGAUAUUGAACCCGAAAGUGACCAAUUUAAAGCUGCGAAUACAUCAGACUUAAAUUCUAAGGCAGUAAGCUUGAUUGAUGAAAGUGGUGAUGAUAAUUCUGGUAAUAGUGAUUAUAUGCGAGAUGUAAAAGAUGGCGGAGAAGUUGGUCAAAUAGACAGUUCACUUAAUUGUAUUGAGACUAAACCUGGUCCUGAUACUGAAAGAAAAGGUGCAAAUGACCAAUUAUUAAAUGGCAAUAUUACGCAGUUAAUCAAUGGUAUUUCAAGUGGUUCUACAACGCCGAAUCCAGGUAGGAAAAGAGAUUUAGAUUUACCAGGAUUGAGCGAUUUUGAAAAGCCACACUUACUCACAAAAUCUUCAACAGGAACGGCUAGCUCUCAAGGAAUCGAAGGAGCGACAACACCGAAUAACGUUCCAGACGAAUUGUCACAUUUAAAGAUCUUAGUUGCUGAAGAUAACAUGGUUAACCAAGAGGUUAUCAGAAGGAUGUUAAAAUUAGAAGGAUUCACAGACAUUACAAUGGCCUGUAAUGGUGCAGAGGCAAUCGAAUUAGUAAAGGAUAUUAAUGAAGAAUCCGGGCUAUUCGAUCUUAUUCUAAUGGAUGUUCAAAUGCCAAAAAUCGAUGGUUUGUUGGCAACAAAGAGGAUCAGAAAUGAUUUACAAUUUAAGAAUCCAAUUAUAGCUUUGACUGCUUUUGCUGACGAAACAAACGUCAAAGAAUGUCUUAAUUGUGGCAUGUCUGGAUUCUUAGCCAAACCAAUCCGUAGGUCUAAUUUGAGAAAAAUUAUAACCGAGCUCAGCCCUACGUUACAGCCAGAGAGUGCUCAAGCUUAA